AACUUCAUGCUCAUAGGCUCGGCUGGUGAAACGGGUUGCUCCAUGGUGUUAUAUCAAUGAUAUGAGUCCCCCAGCUUGGGAAUACUGCGACGUGAACUUCUGCGAGCGUCAAGUUGAUGACGGAGUCCAGGGUCACGUGUAUCCUGAAUGUCGAGUGUCGGAAAAGGGGAUUGAAUACGUAGGAACCAAGAACGAGACGAAGAAUGGAAAACCCUGCCGACAAUGGGAUGACUUGCUUCACGAAUUGACCUACCCCUAUUUUGUUUCAUUCCAUCUCCUCACCAGAGCGAUAUCUCCAGAGAAUUACUGCCGGAACACUGGGCAAUUGGAGAGGCCAUGGUGUUUGAUACCCGAUCACGAAACGAUGUGGGAGUACUGUGAUAUUCCCGUUUGCGACGAUCCAAAUCCGCCGGAAUGCAAGUUGAGUCCAUCUGGGGUCGAAUAUUUGGGGAAGAUGAACGUGACAAUAACUGGGUACCCCUGCAAACCUUGGUUGGAGACGUGUGCAAACAAACCCGGCCUUUGCGAACAGUUCGGAUUGAGACUUUCAGACGAAUUAUUUGGAAAUCAUCGGUUUUGUCGAAAUCCAACCACAACAUUACAUGGCCCAUUGUGUUACAUCGAUUCAGACGACGGGCCUGAAUGGGAGUAUUGCGAAGUUCCCUUCUGCCCGCCUGCUGAUGGGAAACAAUGCGACAUUCGAGUGGAUGGACUCUGCGUCAGCCCACAAGAAUGCAAAGUUGACAAGAAAUGGGAGAAAUACAUUGGAACAAAAAACGUGACCCGGAAUGGAUUCCAGUGCCAGCGGUGGUUGAGCAAUUUCCCAAACAACCAACUAAACGCCAUCAACUACGACGACUCGGACUACUACUAUUCUGGCAGACAUGAGUGGUAG